UUUGACUGAAUGAAAUUGCACCUUCCGGGCACCAUCUUUUUGGUUUCUCUUGUUAUCGUUGUCAGUUCGGCAAUUUUAAUAAAAAGCCGCAACCAUGGGUCGUAUGCACGCACCUGGUAAGGGUAUUUCCCAAUCGGCGCUGCCGUACCGCCGCAGUGUCCCAACCUGGUUGAAACUGACGGCUGAUGAUGUCAAGGAACAGAUCUUCAAACUCGGCAAGAAGGGUCUCACCCCCUCUCAAAUUGGUGUCAUGCUUAGGGAUUCACAUGGUGUCGCCCAAGUCAGAUUCGUCACCGGCAAAAAGAUCCUCCGUAUCAUGAAGGCUAUGGGACUCACCCCCGAUCUGCCUGAGGACCUCUACUACCUGAUCAAAAAGGCCGUAGCCAUGAGGAAACACUUGGAACGCAACAGGAAAGACAAGGACAGCAAGUUCCGUCUUAUCCUGGUUGAGUCCCGUAUCCACAGGCUAGCCCGCUACUAUAAGACGAAGAGCGUGCUCCCCCCCAACUGGAAGUAUGAGUCGAGCACCGCCUCAGCCCUGGUGGCUUAAGUUUAAAUAAAAUUUAACAUCCAA